GAGCACAUCGUUUACCACGGCGGCGUUGGUGAGUCCAAACGGCAUGACCUGGUACUGGGAGGACAGGAUUUUACCCAGUGAUCUGUUUUGGAUUUGCCCCAAACAUAAGGGAUGUGUUUUGGAUUUGCCCCAAGCAUAAGGGAUGUGUUUUGGAUUUGCCCCAAGCAUAAGGGAUGUGUUUUGGAUUUGCCCCAAGCAUAAGGGAUGUGUUUUGGAUUUGCCCCAAGCAUAAGGGAUGUGUUUUGGAUUUGCCCCAAGCAUAAGGGAUGUGUUUUGGAUUUGCCCCAAGCAUAAGGGAUGUGUUUUGGAUUUGCCCCAAACAUAAGGGAUGUGUUUUGGAUUUGAAUUUAGGCCAAAAUGUGCAUUCCUUUGUCGUGUUAUUUUUCAAUAUUACUUUAGUGUCUUAUUGCAAACAGGAAGCAUGUUUUGUAAUAUUUUUUUAUUCUGUAUAUUUGUAUGGUUCUGUUCACUCUGUCAUUUAGGUCAGUAUUGUGGAGUCACUCUACUAUGUAGUUGAUCCCAUCCUCGUUUUUCUGUCGGAGCCAUUGAAUUCUGUGGCCGUUUUUAAAAAUCACCAAUGGCCUCGUGGUGAAAUCCCUGAGCAGUUUCCUUCCUGUCCUGCCGCUCAGUUCAGAAGGUUGACUGUAUCUUUGUUGUGUCUGGGUGGUUUAAUACAGCAUCCACAGUAUAAUUAUUCACUUGACCACGCUUAAAGAGAUAUUCAAUGUCUGAUUUGUUAUCAAAAACCCAUCUACCAAUCAAUGCCCUUCUUUUAUGAGGCUUUCGAAAAGCUCCCUGGUUUUUGUAGUAGAAUCUGUGCUUGAAAUUCAAUACUUGACUGGAGGGACCUGACAGAUGUUGUAGGUAUGGGGGACAGAGGAAGGAUGCACCGCUAUGCUCCCUGGUCUUUGUAGUUGAAUCUGUGCUUGAAAUUCACUACUUGACUGGAGGGACCUGACAGAUGUUGUAGGUAUGGGGGACAGAGGAAGGAUGCACCGCUAUGCUCCCUGGUCUUUGUAGUUGAAUCUGUACUUGAAAUUCAAUACUUGACAGGAGGGACCUGACAGAUGUAGGUAUGGGGGACAGAGGAAGGGGUAGUCAUUAAAAACCCUGUUAUUAUACACAGAGUGAGUCAGUCCAUGUAACUUAUUAUGGGAUUUGUUAAGCCACAUUUCUCUCCUGAACUAAUUUAGGCCUAAACAAAAGGGGGUGAUUACAGUACUUAUGCAACUUAGUUAUCAAAUGUUUAUUAAUUUGUAAAAAUGUAUAGAAUCUUCUUUUCUCUUUGGCACUGUGGAGUAUUUUGUGGACUUUUGUGGGGUAUUUUGAGUAUUUUAUUGGGUAUUUGGUGGAGUAUUUAAUUGAGUAAUUCGAGUAUGUUAUUGAGUAUUUUGUGGAGAUCAAUUACAAAAAACAUCACAAUUCAAAUCUAUUUCAAUACCACUUUGUAAGAAGAGGUGUAUAUGACUGUGUUGGUAUCUGUGUGUUUUUAGGGGACUAUCCCCCACCUCCUCCUCCUGCUGAAGACGGAGGCCUCUCAUCCUCCAUCUCUUUCCCACCACCUCCACCCAUGGACAGAGAAUAUCAGAUGCAUGGACCAGAGAAGACGCUGGAAGAGAGGCGGUCCAGUCUGGAUGCUGAGAUUGACUCUCUGACCUCUAUCCUAGCUGACCUGGAGAGUAACUCACCUUACAAGCCCCACAAUGCACAGAACUCUGGAACUCUGACCAGUCCCAACGCUCCGGUGACAGGGUACAAACGUAUGGUCAUCCCCACCCAGCCUCCUCUGACGGCCACCAAGAAGUCCUCUCCCAAGGCCGGUGCCCCAGGCGGAACACUGCCCCGGCCCCAAGCGGAGAACUCCUCCUCAGCCUCCAUACUGGCCAGGCCCCAGUUCCAGACCGCCCCCCAGCCAGUCCCAGCCUCCUACGCCACAGCCUCCACCCCCAGCCAGCCCACCUUCAACGUACAGGUGAGGUCUGCCCAGCCCGGGCCCCAGCACCAGUCCCCUGGGCCCCCCCAGCAGUUUUCCCAGCAGCCCAACAGGAGCCCGGUCCAAUACAUGGCUGCCCAGCCCAGGGGCCCUGAUUUCGCCUAUGGGCCUCCCCAGCCAGGCUUCGCUCCUCAAGGCUACCCAGAGCAGGCCUACCCGGGAGCAGGAGGGUACGGGGGAGAACCAGGAGGGUACGGGGGAGAACCAGGAGGGUACGGGGGAGAACCAGGGAACACCUGGAGACCCCAGCCUAGCUAUACUGCUGCUCCGACCCAGCAGGGCUUCCCACAACCUGUCCCGAAGAAGACCUACAUCACUGACCCUCCUGCCAGCCUGGCGCCUCCUGUACACCUCGCCCCACAGAGGGCUCCCAGCGGUGCCAGGCCUGAGGAAGAACUGGAGAGGCUCACCAAGAAGAUGCUGUAUGACAUGGACAACCCUCCGGCUGAGGAGUACUUUGGGCGGUGUGCCAGCUGUGGGGAUAAUGUGGUGGGUGAGGGUACCGGCUGUACCGCCAUAGACCAGGUCUUCCACGUGGACUGCUUCAUCUGCAUGACCUGCAGUGGCAGGCUGCGCGGGAAACCCUUCUACGCCCUGGAGAAGAAGGCCUACUGCGAGCCCUGCUACAUCGUGAGUCUCAGCCCAUCUGUACACACACACACACACACACACACACACACACACACACACACACACACACACACACAAACCCUUCUACGCCGUGGAGAAGAAGGCCUACUGCGAGCCCUGCUACAUCGUGAGUUACACACAAACACACACACUGUGUAAAAGUUCUACUGAGCC